AUGUUUCCCGCGAUUGCCGGGUAUCCGAUAGGCUAUUUCACAAGUUGGGGAGUUAGCACACCUAUCCAAACAGCAAUGACUCUUUUUUUCAUCAGUGGAUGUAUUUUGUCGAUCACUUGUUUGCUUCUGAAUCGAUAUAAUCUCAUAAGACAUCGCAGAUGUGAUUAUUUGCAGAAUUAUUUGUUUGGGAUAGGUGAGUAGGUUACCUGUAAACCUAAUCAGAUUCCUGUUUUUUCUAGGCCUUCUUGUGACUUCUCUAGCAAUCCUAAUAUCGCUCUCCCAAGUCCCCGAGCAACGCACAGCUCUCCCCAAGAUCUACGAAUAUAUCCCAUGCUUCCCGAUAGAACAUCGAAAUCACCCGAUCUUUGUGAUGAAUCUAGAUGGAGAUCUAAUCGGAGCCCUAAUAGUCAUCAUUGUUUUCGGAGCAACUGCUCAACUUCUAUACUUUCUUUUCGCCUCGAUUUAUCACUUGACUAUCAGAAAUCAGCAGAAAGUUAGCGCAUUUUCGACGAGGACGAGGAAUUUGCAAAAGGCGUUUUUUUAUAGUAUUAGUUUGCAGAUUUUCAUUCCGAUUUUUAUCAUAUUUUUUCCGUGGAUUUAUGUGGGAAUUUCGUGUGUUUUUGACUAUUAUAAUCAGGUUAGUAGUUACGCGGAAAAUUCCGCCUCACACCACGCGGAAGCUUCCAACCUUCAGGCUCUCAACAACCUGGUCACUCUCGAUUGUGGUUUUCAUGGAAUUGUUUCUUCGAUUUCCAUGCUGGCUAUUCAUAAACCAUAUCGAGAUGCGGUGAUCAAAUUGAUGAUGGGGGAUCGUUGA